UUUUAUAGCAAUGGGUAACGCUCAGGGGGAUUUAAAUAAUAACCAAGAGAGCAAGAAAAAUGAAGACAGCACACCUCGUGAGAAGCCUCCACCUCCAGUUUUUGGCAAACAUAAGAAGAAGCAGCAACGCCAGUUUGCUCCAGUUCGGAUUCCAACAGUCACUCCUAGUGCAAAAUGCCGGUUACGGCUGUUGAAGUUGGAGCGAAUAAAGGACUAUUUGCUUUUGGAAGAGGAAUAUGUCGCUAAUAAAAUUCGUUUGAAUCCUACUAAAAACAAGAAUCAGGACGAUUUACUUCGUUUAGAGGACCUUCGUGGCAGUCCAAUGAGUGUUGGCACCAUGGAGGAGAUGAUUGAUGACAAUCACGCUAUCGUAACUAGUUCCAUGGGCCCUGAGUACUACGUCAACAUUUUAUCUUUUGUUGACAAAACACUACUUGAGCCUGGUUGUUCCGUAUUGUUACACAACAAGACCAACAGCGUGGUGGGUAUAUUGCUGGAUGCAAUUGACCCUUUGGUUUCCUUGAUGAAGGUUGAGCGUGCUCCUUUAGAGUCUUACUCUGAUAUCGGGGGUUUGGAAGACCAGAUCCAGGAGAUUAAGGAAGCUGUUGAGUUGCCUUUAACUCACCCUGAGUUGUAUGAGGAGGUUGGCAUUCGUCCUCCGAAAGGUGUAAUUUUGUAUGGUCCCCCAGGUACUGGGAAGACAUUGUUAGCUAAGGCUGUUGCUAACGAGACCUGUGCUACAUUUUUACGUGUUGUGGGUUCCGAGCUCAUUCAAAAGUACCUUGGUGAGGGACCUAAACUAGUUCGUGAGAUGUUCCGUGUUGCGGAGGAAAACGCGCCAUCUAUUAUUUUCAUUGACGAAAUCGACGCUAUCGGUACUAAGCGUUAUGACGCUACCAGUGGUGGUGAGAAGGAGAUUCAAAGGACUAUGUUGGAGUUAUUAAACCAGCUGGAUGGUUUCGAUCCUCAGGCUGAUGUGAAGGUUAUCAUGGCUACUAACCGCAUCGAAUCAUUAGAUCCUGCUCUUAUCAGGCCCGGUCGUAUAGACCGUAAGAUACAGUUACCCAAUCCAGAUACCAAGACUAAACGUAAGAUCUUUGAGAUCCAUACAUCUAAGAUGACCAUGUCAUCGGAUGUGGACCUUGAAGAAUUUGUGAACACUAAGGACGACCUCUGUGGCGCGGAUAUCAAGGCCAUUUGCACUGAGGCUGGGUUGUUAGCUCUUCGUGAACGGCGUAUGCAGAUUACCCAGGCUGAUUUGCGCAAGGCUCGUGAGAAGGCUCUUCAGUUAAAGAAGGGCAAUAUUCCGGAGAGCAUGUACUGCUAGUAACAUCCCACUAAUCUCUUUGAAAUUGUA